CUCUCCAGCAGGGCUCCUCCGACGGGCUGGCCACGAGGGAUGCCUGAGACCCUGGGCUGGUGCUAGAGCUGCAGCCAGCCACGCCUCCUGGGAACGCUGUCAGACACCCGCCAAGACGCUUGCUCCCCAAAGACCCUUCACUCACCGGUCUCUGGCCAGGACGCCGCCUGCCUACCGGACAACAUGAACUCCCAGAACGAGUCAGAUGGGGUAUCUGGACGCGAGCAGUCGCUGGAGCUCCUUUCGCGGACUCCGCUCCAUGGCCUCCCUGUGGCAGCGGUAGACGUGAAGCCGGUGCUGCCCGUGGCCAUGCAGAACUCCUGCGGCAGUGGCAGCAGCAGCCCAGUGGACCUGCGGACGGAGACCCGGGGCAGCGUGCCCAGCGUGGACCCGGCGGUGCGGGAGCAGCAGCUGCAGCAGGAGCUGCUGGUCCUCAAGCAGCAGCAGCAGUUGCAGAAGCAGCUGCUUUUCGCCGAGUUCCAGAAGCAGCACGAGCACUUGACGCGGCAGCACGAGGUCCAGCUGCAGAAGCACCUCAAGCAGCAGCAGGAGAUGCUGGCAGCAAAGCGGCAGCAGGAGCUGGAGCAGCAGCGCAAGCAGGAGCAGCUGCGGCAGGAGGAGCUGGAGAAGCAGCGGCUGGAGCAGCAGCUCCUCAUCCUCCGGAACAAGGAGAAGAGCAAAGAAAGUGCCAUCGCCAGCACAGAAGUCAAGCUAAAGCUCCAGGAGUUCCUACUCAGCAAGUCAAAAGAGCUGACCGCAGGCGGCUUCAACCAUUCCCUCCCACAGCACCCCAAAUGCUGGGGAGCCCAUCAUACCUCGUUGGACCAGAGUUCCCCUCCCCAGACAGGCAGCCCGGGAACACCGCCCUCCUACAAACUACCCCUACUCGGCACAUACGACAGCAGAGACGACUUUCCACUCCGGAAAACCGCCUCGGAACCCAACUUAAAAGUGCGCUCGCGGUUAAAACAGAAGGUGGCUGAACGCAGGAGCAGCCCCCUGCUGCGGAGGAAAGACGGGACCGUCAUCAGCACGUUCAAGAAGAGAGCCAUUGAGAUCACGGUCUCCUCCGUGUGUAACAGCGCCCCAGGGUCCGGUCCCAGCUCCCCGAACAGCUCCCACAGCACCAUCGCUGAGAAUGGCUUCACUGGCUCUGCCCCCAACAUCCACACCGAGCAGCUGCUCCCCCAGCACAGAGCCCUGGCCAUGGACGGCUCGGCUAGCCAGCUCAGCCUCUAUACCUCCCCGUCCCUGCCCAACAUCUCCCUGGGACUGCAGGCAACGGUCACCGUGACCAACUCGCACCUCAACGCUUCCCCGAAGCUCUCCACCCAGCAAGAGGCGGAGCGCCAGGCCAUCCAGUCGCUGCGCCAGGGUGGGGCCCUCACGGGCAAGUUCAUGAGCACCUCGUCCAUCCCCGGCUGCCUGCUGGGGGUCGCCCUGGAGGGAGAGACCAACAGCCAUGGGCACGCCUCCCUGCUGCAGCACGUGCUGCUCCUGGAGCAGGCCCGCCAGCAGAACACGCUGAUCGCCGUCCCGCUCCAUGGCCAGUCCCCGCUGGUGACGGGCGAGCGCAUCUCCACCAACAUGCGGACGGUCAACAAGCUGCCCCGGCACCGGCCGCUGAGCCGCACCCAGUCGUCCCCGCUGCCCCAGAGUCCCCAGGCCCUGCAGCAGCUGGUCAUGCAGCAGCAGCACCAGCAGUUUCUCGAGAAGCAGAAGCAACAGCAGCAGAUUCAGCUUGGCAAGGUGGCACAUCAGCUGCUGUACGUGGCCCGGGCACCAACCCCCUGUGCCCCUAGAUGCCCCAAAGAACCUUUGCCCCUCUCUUUAAAGAUCAUCACCAAGACGGGCGAGCUGCCCCGCCAGCCCACCACGCAUCCAGAGGAGACGGAGGAGGAGCUGACGGAGCAGCAGGAGGCGCUGCUGGAGGACACAGUGCCCCUGGGGCCAGUGGGUUUCGUGGUGGACGGCUCGCCGGAGAGCGAGAGCACGCAGGACGAGCUGGAGGAGGACGAGGGCGGCGAGCCAGUGAAGGACGAAGGGGGUGCGAGCGGGGACGAAGAAGAGCCCAUUGACUCGCCAGAGGUGGAGGAGCUGGGCGUGGCUUACAAGCAGGUGUUCCCCGAUGCUCAGCAGCUGCAGCCCAUCCAGCUCUUCCCAGCUUCCCUGACCAUCACCACCCUGCCUCACCAAGCACUGAGCCGGACCCAGUCCUCGCCCGCCACUGCGGGCAUCAAGAACACGGCAGCUGAACCCCCGGUCAAACACUUGUUCACUACUGGCGUGAUCUACGACACAUUCAUGCUGAAGCACCAGUGUAUGUGCGGGAACACUAACAUUCACCCAGAGCAUGCUGGGAGAAUCCAGAGCAUCUGGUCCAGGCUCCAGGAGACCGGCUUGCUGAGCAAGUGCGAGCGGAUCCGGGGCAGGAAAGCGACGCUGGAUGAAAUCCAGACGGUCCAUUCGGAGCAUCACACGUUGCUGUACGGAACCAGCCCCCUCAACCGACAGAAACUCGACAGCAAGAAGCUGCUAGGUCCCAUCAGCCAGAAGAUGUAUGCGGUCCUGCCCUGCGGCGGCAUCGGGGUGGACAGCGACACGGUGUGGAACGAGAUGCACUCGUCCAGCGCUGUCCGCAUGGCCGUGGGCUGCUUGGUGGAGUUAGCCUUCAAGGUGGCCUCGGGAGAGCUCAAGAAUGGAUUUGCCGUCAUCCGGCCCCCGGGGCACCAUGCGGAAGAAUCCACGGCCAUGGGCUUCUGCUUCUUCAACUCCGUCGCCAUCGCUGCCAAGCUGCUCCAGCAGAAGCUCAGCGUCGGCAAGAUCCUCAUUGUGGACUGGGACAUUCACCAUGGCAAUGGCACCCAGCAAGCCUUCUACAGCGACCCCAACGUGCUGUACAUCUCCCUGCACCGCUACGAUAACGGCAACUUCUUCCCAGGCAGCGGGGCCCCUGAGGAGGUUGGCAGCGGGAUGGGGGUGGGGUACAACGUCAACAUAGCCUGGACGGGCGGAGUGGACCCCCCCAUCGGCGAUGUGGAGUACCUGGCUGCGUUCAGGACGGUGGUGAUGCCAAUAGCCAACGAGUUCUCCCCGGACGUGGUCCUGGUCUCUGCCGGCUUCGACGCAGUCGAGGGACACCUGUCUCCACUGGGUGGCUACUCCGUCACGGCAAAAUGUUUUGGGCACCUGACCAAGCAGCUGAUGAAACUGGCUGGCGGGCGUGUGGUGCUGGCUUUGGAGGGGGGUCACGACCUGACAGCUAUCUGCGACGCCUCAGAAGCCUGUGUCUCCGCCCUGCUUGGCCUGGAGCUGGACCCCCUGGAUCAAGGUCUCCUGCAGCAAAAGCCAAAUGUAAAUGCCGUGGCCACGCUGGAGAAGGUUAUUGAAAUCCAGAGCAAACACUGGAGCUCUGUGAAGCGCUGUGCCUCGGUGGUCAGCUGUUCCUUGCUGGAGGCGCAGAAGGGGGAAGCCGAGGAGGCAGAGACAGUAAGUGCCAUGGCAUCGCUCUCGGUCGAUGCCGAACAAGGAAGCACAGACUGCAGCCCCAGACAAAUGGAUGAGCCGAUGGAGGAGGAGCCUGUUUUGUGAAGUGCCAAGCCGUCGUGUAGCUGUCACUUUUUUGUGGGUUUUUUUGGUCAUUUGUGAUUUCGUUCCCCUCCCUCCCCCCAAAGGAUUUUUUUUUCUAUUAAAAAGAGGAGAAAAAAAAAAGUCACACUCAACUCCA